GAGUCAUAACAGAGAAGGAGACCGAUAGGGAAGGUACAUUACGCAGCCUGCAGGCUGGCACUAGCUCUGGCAGGGCCAGAUAGAUGGUAGUUACCCAUUUUAGACCUACCAGAAAGCAAGGUGUUCAUGAAUGACUAGUUUUUCAUCUACCUCAGUAGCUGUCCAGAUUCAGAAAAACUGUCUUUGUGAGGAGCAUUGUUGCUGUCCGUGCAUUGAGUACAUCAAGUUUGAAUGUGGUGCAAAACAAGUUGGAAACUGUAAAACCUUGAUUGGUCACUGACUUGAGUCUGAACCCAGAGGGCUAUGCCAGAAUCAGUGAAGGCUCACACCAAAGGAAACCAGGAGAUGAACCAGUUGCAAAGUCCAUUUUCAUUCAACACGUUGCCAACUCAAAUGGAUGACAACUACCUGUCCAUGUCGGGGCGGACGCCGUCCAUGCCUGUGGAUAUUAAACAGUCGUCAUGUGUUCAUGACGUCAACAUGAUCAACAACAACUUGCCACCUCUACUCAACAGUGUCAUCGAAGCCACAGAGAAUCUCCAGAUAUCUAUGACCUCCAGCGAUGAUCUGAAUCAGAGUUUGAUCAAUGUUGAUGCCAAUCAGAACACAAGACGCAGGAGGAAGAAGAAGAGAAGGUCUAGUGUCGGACCCAGCAAGUUUGAAGAUGUCUACCUCGUAACAGAUGAAGUACUUGGAAUAGGAGCGUAUGCCUCCGUCAUAACAUGCACACACAUACCAUCAGGGAAGCACUAUGCUGUAAAGAUGAUUCAGAAGAGACCGGGUAACAGUCGUGCCAAGGUGUUUAGGGAAGUAGAGACACUGUACCAUUGCCAGGGCCACAAGAACAUCUUGCAGCUUAUUGAGUUCUUUGAGGAUGAUGAGAGAUUCUAUCUUGUAUUUGAUAAGAUGGAGGGCGGGGCUUUGUUACAUCACAUCGAGCAGAGGAGAACGUUUAAUGAGCAGGAAGCAAGUACCGUGGUCCGAGACAUUGCUAGCGCACUAACCUUCCUACACAACAAAGGUAUUGCCCACAGAGAUCUCAAGCCAGAGAACAUCCUAUGUGAGAACACACACUCCAUCACACCCAUCCAGAUCUGUGACUUUGGUCUCGGUAGCGGAAUCCAUAUGAACAGUAGAUACAACACUCCACUCACAACCCCAGAACUCCUAACACCUGUUGGUUCUGCAGAGUACAUGGCCCCUGAGGUUGUUGAUGCCUUCGUUGACGACCAAGAAGCCUCGGCCUACGACAAAAAGUGUGACUUGUGGAGUCUUGGUGUCAUCCUGUACAUAAUGCUGAGUGGACGGCCGCCCUUCGUCGGCAACUGCACGGAAGACUGUGGAUGGGACAAUGGCGGGGCAUGCCAAGAGUGUGAGGAUAUGCUUCUUCAUAGCAUCCAAGCAGGCAUCUACGACUUUGAAGGUAGAGAAUGGGAGAACAUCUCAGAUGACGCUAAAGAUCUCAUCUCUAACCUCCUAGUCCGCGACGCCAGCAAGCGUUUCACGGCAGAGAUGGUCCUCGGCCACCCGUGGAUCAUGCGCGCACCUAUGACUCCUCUCCUGACUCCUUCCAUCAUCAAGCGUAACAACAGUGCCAAGGAUCUCUGCCAGUUUGCCGCCGAGGCCGUCCUCUGUAAUCGCCUCGUCGCCCAGAAGGAAGAGCAGGAAGAUGACCUCGACGCCACGCCCACCAACGACUGGAACAUGCAACCGGCUUUACCGUUCGGCCUGUCACCGCCGGGCGAGUCAGCACUUGCCAAGCGCAGAGCCGCCCUGCACAGCGGCAGCAACGGCGGAGGCAUCUGCAUCACGGUCAGCUCUCACGCACCCUAAGUUUGUUUUGUAUCAUAUUCCUUCCAUUUAUUUAACAACAAAAUAAUACAAAAAGUGUACAUAAUUAUAGCACAUUUUAUCGGUGCAGUUUCUGAUAUCCUGGGUUCAUAUUAUUUGUUGAUGCACGCACGGUUGCAAAACAAGGCACCACAGUAUAAAUUAAUUUGGAACACUCCGAGUUUUGCAAAGUGUAACCACCAGGAACAAUACUUUCAUUUGUGUUCAAGAAUCUGGUAACCCAAGAAUCCUCUUGUUUUAGAUGUGUUCUUGUGUAAAAAAUACAAGCAAAAUGCACAUGCACCAAAAUGGAAGAAAAAAAAUGGUUUUCUAAGGUGUAGACUAAAAGAUAAAUUUCUGUUGGGUAGCAUAAAGAGUUGGCCACACUCUUAAAAAGACGCCAAAGCCGGCUGCUUAGACAAAAAGUUUCCAAUUAAAAAAAAUUGUGGGAAUCGGUUGUACAUUACCCAAGCGUGCACUGGCAAAAGUUGAUCCCAGUUAAUAGGAGCUCUUUUGAAAAGUACAUGUUUGUAAAUAUCGGAACAAAUGAGAUGAUCGGAGAUUCGAGUCAUGAAGUUCGCCUGUCAAAUGUCAUAAUGAGCAGUGCCAAUAUGGCUGAUGUUACACUUUCCUGGGUUGACAGUUAUUGUAUUAACUGUCAGCUAUGUCUUUCUCUGUGAGAAAGCUCAAAUAGUACAGAUUUCAUUUCAUAAAUUAUCAUGUAUUAUUUUUGUAAAC